UCACACAGCUAACUCAGCUAUCAGAGGAGACUUGGCCCUCACUUCGGUCAGACAAAAUGAUCAGGGCCGGCCACAUCGAAAUUGUUAUGCUCUUAGGAUCACUUCUCUCUAUUGUUUUUUUUCUUCAAUAUUAUAGCGACACUGAAAUGUUCCGCUCACCAAAACUUGUAAAAAUGUAUAACAAUUCCUAUAAAUACUCAUUCCCAAAAUGUGAACAAAACAUGGCUGCUGCCAGAAUCUCAGGCUUCGAUGGUUUCCCUGAUAUACUUAAAGACUUUCUUUACUAUCGUCACUGUCGCUAUUUUCCCAUGAUUCUGGACCUUCCUGACAAAUGCGGAGGCAUCGAAGAACCUGAAGACAUCUUCCUUCUGCUUGUAAUUAAAAGCUCCCCCAUGCAUUAUGAACGACGUGAAGUGCUGCGAAAAACCUGGGCUCAAGAGAGGUCAUACAAAGGUUUGCGGAUUCGAAGGAUUUUCAUCCUUGGAACAAUGGGUAAUGACUUUGAGAAAGAGCGAUUGAACAAACUCCUCAAAACAGAGCACCAGGAACACAAUGACAUCCUCCAAUGGGACUUUCAAGAUACAUUUUUUAAUCUCACUUUAAAGCAGGUUCUAUUCCUCAAAUGGAUGAAAAGGAACUGUCAACAAGUUAAUUUUUUGCUAAAUGGUGAUGAUGACGUUUUUGCCAAUACGGACAAUAUUGUGGACUACCUCCAUGGUCGCCGUGAAAAUAAUGGAAGCCAGCAUCUGUUUACUGGUUUUCUGAUAAAGAAUGGAUUUCCUGUAAGAUGGGACAGGAGCAAGUAUUUUGUUCCAUCUCAAGUAUAUGAAAAAAAUGUUUACCCCAACUAUUGUGGUGGUGGGGGCUUUCUUUUGUCCAGCUUUACAGCUUUAAUGAUACAUAGCUAUUCCAAUGCCAUUCCACUUUUUCCUAUUGAUGACGUUUACAUGGGAAUGUGCCUGGAAAAAGCAAAACUGGCACCAGCACCUCAUAUCGGUAUAAAGACAUUCGGAUGGUACAUUCCCUCCAAAAAAAUAGAUCAAUAUGAUCCUUGCUAUUUUAAAGAUUACCUCUUGGUACACCAAUUCUUUCCUAAUAAUAUGUACCUUAUGUGGCAUCAAAUAAAUGACCCUAAUCUGAAAUGUGGUGUCACAAAUUCGACUAGGACGAUCCAAACUUAAACUUACGGUUAGUGAUAUUGCAUUUUAUGACUUUAAGUCACAGCAAUCAUUGAAUUAUGUAAAAGUUUUAAACUGAUAUAUCACGUUUGCCCAUAUAGACAGUCAAAUGUGAAUUGAGUUGAGGUAAGUCUUCAGAUUGGGAGGUAAUCUCCAGCUUUUGAAUAUAGUCUAAGGGUCGAAAGUGUUUGUCAUGUUUUCAUAUGUUGCAGGUAAUCCACAAACACAGUUAUGUUCACUGCGAGUAGGCCAAAUUCAAGAAAGUGGGUUGGUGCUCGGGGGCACUAGUAUUUGAAGUAUUCAUCUGAAGUAUUAAUUAAUUACUUUUCCUGCUUUAACUGUGACUAGGGAUGCACUAUUAUUUAACCAGUAAUGACAUUUGAGGUCAGAGUGAAAAAAAAUGCACUUAUUGAAGGCAACUUGUGAUUUUUAUCUGUUUGUAACGUUAAUGCAGUGUAGAAUUGAAAUACUUUUUAGUUAUUUGUUUGUAGUUGUUUUGUUUAAAGUAGGGGUUUGUUUGUUUCA